AUGGCGCAGAGACCACGAUGUGGAGCAUGCAGGCUUCUGAAUAAAAAAUGCACAGAAUCAUGUGUCUUUGCACCUUUCUUCCCUCCGCAAGAGCUUGAAAAGUUCCAGUGUGUGCACCAUGUGUUUGGGUCGUCCAACGUGAAGAAGAUGCUCAAUGCAGUAGACUUUGGUCAGCGUGAAGCGGUUGUUUUCACACUUGUGUACGAGGCUCGAGCCAGAAUCAAAGACCCCAUCUACGGGUGCGUCUACCGCCUCUUCCUCAAAGAACAAGAGAUAGUUAUGCUUCGACAAGAAAACGAUUCACUCAGGGAUCAACUCGCGCUUCAGAUAGGUUAUCAAGGUUUAGUUCAAAUGCAGCCUACGCAGCAGAUGGAUCAGCAACAAAGUGGUUCCGCGUUUGAAACGCAGCCUACGCCGCAAGAGAUGCGUUCCGCGUUUGAAACGCAGCAUCACACGGGUCCUCAAACUCAAGAAAGGGGUUUCACGUUUGACACGCAGCAACAAAGCGGUUUUGCGUUUGAAACUCAGCAACCCAUGAGUUAUCAAGGUUUCCCGCAAGACAUAGUGAGAGGCUUGCAACAUGGUCAAAGCGAUGUUGGGCUUGAGGCCAUGUUGUCCAACACUAUACAGCAUUCUCUGCAACAACAAAGUGGCUUCACGUUUGAUAGGCAGCAGCAAAGGGGUUUUGCGUUUGAAAAUCAGCAACACAUGGGGUCUCAAGGUUUCACGGAAGAUAUAGGGAGAGGCUUGCAACAUGAUCAAGACGAUGCUGAGUUUGAGUUGUGGAGGGCUGGCCUCGAUUCUGAGUUUGCUGAGUUUCUGUUGUCCAACACUACACAGGCUUCUCUACCACUGCCACCGCAGGACAAGCAGACGAACUCUGAGACCGACAAGGAGGUUGCGUAA